AUGCAACCUUUUCACUUACAAUAUCGCCCUGAACACGCGCAAUUUUCACACCACUCCGCCCAACACCCAUGACCUAACACGCAAGCCAAUUCUCACUACGUCCACCAUGGCUCCGUCUGCGAUUAACGACCACCCAGCUCCCUCAGGGCGCAACUCCCCGAAGGCACCCUCCAAAAUUUGGACGGUCGCAGACCCGCCUUUUCAAGGAUUCCGCCCCAUAGACCGUGAUGGCUUUCGCCGGAGCUCCUCGAGCACAGCAAUCGUGAUCGACAAUGGCUCAUCUACUGUACGCGCCGGCUGGUCCUUUGACGACAAACCUCGAUUAUCCCUCCCCCCUCUCGCCGCGCGAUACCGCGAUCGUAAGCUCAGCAGGACAUUCACCUUCGUCGGAUCUGAUGUCUACUCCGAUGGGACCGCGCGUGGCCAGUCGAAGAACAUUUACGAGCCGGGAAGCAACAUUAUCAAUAACUGGGACGUUGUUGAAAGCGUUCUAGACUAUGUCUUCGUCAAGCUUGGAGUGGAAGGUAACAACAAUGGCAUCGACAGGCCAAUAGUAAUGACCGAGCCUGUCGCAAACUUAGGAUAUUCACGAAAGACAAUGUCUGAAAUCCUAUUCGAAUGCUACUCUGCCCCCUCAGUCGCCUACGGCAUCGAUUCCUUAUUUUCCUACAACUACAAUGGCGGCAACAAUGGCCUAGUUGUUUCCUCAUCGUACUCCUCGACACAUCUCAUACCGGUCGUACAAUCAAAGGCCCUCUUAUCGCAAGCGACACGUCUAAACUGGGGCCGAUUCCAAAGUGCUGAAUACCUCCUGAAGCUCUUGAAGCUCAAGUACCCAAGCUUCCCUGGGAAGAUAAGCGACCCGCAAGCUGUGGACAUCGUCCGCGAGCACUGCUAUGUUUCUCAGGACUACGAAAAUGAGAUCAGCCACUACCUAGACUGGACAGGCCUCGAAGAUCGCGAUCACGUUAUUCAGUUCCCAUUCACGGAGCAAGUCGUAAUUCAGAAAACAGAAGCGGAGCUGGCUCGGGCAGCAGAGAAGCGGAAAGAGAGUGGAAGAAGGCUUCAAGAGCAAGCGGCCAAAAUGAGGCUGGAGAAGCUGAUGGCCAAAGAGCAAGAGCUGGCCUACUACAAGGAGCUACUAGAGCGUGUCCAAGCGACCACGAAAAAGGAAGGAAAACGAUUACUCGAGUCGGACGACUUCGACGAUGAGUCGCAGCUCGACAAGAAGAUUCGUGAAAUGGAAAAGUCCAUCCGGAAAGCCAGGAACAAAGAUCUUGGAGAUCUGGAGGAAGAAGUACAGGAGGAGCCUACUUUUCCUUUGGUGGAUACUCCGGAUGACCAGCUCGACGAAGACGGGAUAAAACAGAAGCGUCAGCAGAAACUAAUGAAGGCGAACCACGAAGCCCGGGCUCGAGCUAAGGUUGAGAAAGAGCGCGAGAAAGCCAGAAUUGCAGAAGAAGAGAGGCUGGAUAAUGAACGCCGAGCGAAUGAUCCUGAAGGAUGGAUCGAGGAGCGAAGGGUCGCUCGUCAGGCUAUCAUCCAAAAGAUCAAGGACCGUGAACGCAUAAAGUCUGACCUCGGAAACCGAAAAUCACUCGCAAACCAAAUGCGAAUGAAGUCGAUCGCAAAUCUAGCCUCUGAUACCCCCGCGAAGAAACGUCGGAGAGGCGGUGAUGAGGAUACAUUCGGCGCUGACGACAACGAUUGGGGCGUCUACCGCCAAAUCGCGACGGGCGAAGGUAGCGACGACGAAGAGGAGGAGGACCUAAACUCAAACCUCAAAGUCAUCGAAGCCCAGCUCAUAAAACACGAUCCAAACUUCACCGAGGACAGUACCCGGGAGGCCCAACAGGACUGGACAAAAAGCAUGGCCCACGCCUUCGCCCACGGUUCCGCGCCCUAUGACCCUGAAAGCCAGCGCGAGAUGCAUCAGAUCCAUCUCAAUGUGGAGAGGAUCAGAGUCCCAGAAGUCGUCUUCCAGCCGUCAAUCGCAGGACUCGAGCAAGUCGGACUGGUGGAGAUUGCGACUGGCAUCCUGAAUGAGCGCUUGGCGGAGUCCCAGCGGAAAGACGUUCUGAAGGACGUCUUCCUGACGGGUGGUAAUACACUAUUCAAGGGAUUCGAGGAGCGCUUACGGACUGAGCUCCUCGCCGUUCUGCCUCAUGAGGCUCCUUUCACCGUUCGCAAGGCUAAGGAUCCCGUUCUGGAUGCUUGGAAGGGAGCGGCCAAGUGGGCUGGUAGCGCGAACGCGAAGCAGGCGUUUGUGACUCGUGCGGAGUACUUCGACAAGGGCAGUGAUUAUCUCAAGGAGCAUGACCUAGGGAAUGCAUAUCAAUAGGCGGCUGCGAUUGGCGGUACGGAUAUCAUGGAAAUAGGCGGGAGGCGUCUAGGAAAUCAUUUACAACCGGGUAUGUGCAGUGUCGUAAGGCAUGCGCUGAUAGGCUCUCGGUACCAAUAUAAGAGUUCAUUCAUCUCUUCCUAGGUCUCACGGUCAGAAGCUCGCAACUGUGUGCUCUGUCUAUUCCAUUGGUUUUCGUAAUGCGACGACAUACCUACUUCAUAAAACAACAAGACGAAAACGUCUAGAAGUAUUUACAGCCAAAUAUCAAGUAAUAGCACUACAGUGACCUUCACAUA